GGUGCCGCCUGCUUCGCAUUAUGUGGAUCCCACUCUUGGCUUUCCUGACGGCUGGACUGGUCUCUUUGCAAAAAUGUCAGCGAGGUCCUGGCCCUCUCCUGGGGGUGGCUUGUCUGCUCGCUGCAGCUACACCGGGCUGGUGCCAGCGCCCAGAAAACAGAUGUGUCAUCUCAAAUUCAGGAACAUGCACCAAGUGUCUUGCUGUAGGGCCAGAAUGUGGAUGGUGUGCUCAAGAGGAUUUCAUGGUUGAAGCAAAGCAGAAGGGCCGAUGUGAUAUAGUUUUACAUUUAAUCAAAAGAGGCUGCAGGUCAGAUUUUAUAGAAAGUCCUGAAGCCGAUGUAACAGUAUCCGGCAAUGAAGUUAAUAUACAAGUGACACCAGGAGAGGUUUCAAUCCAGCUACGUCCAGACUCUGAAGCCAGUUUUAUGUUGAAAGUUCACCCUCUCGAAAAGUACCCUGUGGAUCUGUAUUAUUUAGUUGAUGUGUCGGCAUCUAUGCACAAAAACAUAGAAAAAUUAAGAUCUGUUGGACUUGAUUUAUCUCAAAAGAUGGAAAAUAUUUCUCUUGAUUUACGGCUUGGAUUUGGAUCCUAUGUGGAUAAGACUGUGUCACCUUAUAUUAGUAUUCACCCAGGCAGAAUUCAUAACCAAUGCAGUGAUUAUGACUUAGAUUGUAUGCCUCCUCAUGGCUAUAUUCAUGUGUUAUCACUGACUGACAAGAUAGCAGAAUUCCAAAGUGCAGUUAAGAAUCAAAAAAUCUCUGGGAAUAUUGACACACCCGAAGGAGGCUUUGAUGCUAUGCUUCAGGCCACUGUGUGCCAGAAUGAUAUUGGUUGGCGCAAAGAAGCAAAGCGUCUUCUCCUCAUGAUGACAGAUCAGACUUCUCAUCUGGCCCUUGACAGUAAAUUAGCAGGGAUAGUGAUUCCUAAUGAUGGGAACUGCCAUUUGAAAGAUAACGUGUACAUCAAAGCAACCAGUAUGGAACACCCUUCACUUGGUCAACUUUCUGAAAAACUCAUAGACAACAAUAUUAAUGUAAUAUUUGCAGUCCAAGGAAUCCAAUUUCACUGGUAUAAGGACCUUCUGCCUCUGCUGCCUGGUACUAUGGCAAGACAGAUAGAAUCACAAGCAACAAAUCUCAGUGAUUUAGUGGUAGAAGCUUACGAGAAGCUGCUCUCUGAAGUGAAAAUUCAGGUGGAUAACCCAAUCCAAGAUAUAAAUGUCAAAGUUACUGCAAUCUGCCCUGAUGGAAGUAGAAAAAUGGGCUUAGAGGGAUGCAAAAAUGUGAAAUCCACAACUGAAGUGCUUUUCAACAUAUCAAUUGCCAUGAAAGGAUGCGGUACAACGGAAGGAAGAAAAUACGUUGUGCUAAAACCCCUUGGUUUCAAUGAAUCUACCAGAGUUAAUAUAAACAAAAGAUGUGCUUGUCGGUGUGAAGACACCAUGGACCACAAAAGGAUAUGCAUUGACAAGCCCUCUCAGGAUGCCGAAACUUCUAACUGCAAGGGCAAUAUCUGUAGUUUCAAUGAUGAAUUCUCUUUAGAGCAGUGCAAGAUGCAAAAGAGUCAUCCAUUCUGCAGUGGUCAAGGAGACUGUGUAGAUGGGAAAUGUGUCUGUCACACAACCAGACUUGGAACUAUAUAUGGCAAAUACUGUGAAAAGGAUGACUUUUCCUGCCCAUAUCACUUUGGAAACUUGUGUGCUGGCAAUGGUGAAUGUGAAGUUGGCAAAUGCAAAUGCUUUGGUGGCUGGGAAGGUGAUCGUUGCCAAUGUUCGUUGUCACUACAAAAGCACUGCAUGAAUUCAAAUGGCCAGAUCUGCAGUGGAAGAGGAACAUGUGUGUGUGGCAAAUGCAAGUGCACUGAUCCCAGCACCUUUGGACACUUGUGUGAAUUUUGCCCUACUUGCAGGGCAUCUUGCAGUGAAAAGUGGAAUUGUGUGCCCUGUCCUCGCACCAAUUUGUCUCGAAUCACACUUGACCAAUGCAAAACCACAUGCGCUUACAGGAUGCAUUAUAAUGAACAACCUUCAGAAUGCGAUUCUGAUGACCCUAGCCACUUUAGAAUCUUUUUUAUCAUCUUUAUAGUUACGUUUCUGAUUGGACUGCUGAAUGUGCUUAUAAUCCGUCAGAUAAUUCUGCAGUGGAACAACAACAAAAUUAAAUCUUCAGCUGAUUAUAGAGUAUCCUCAACAAAAAAGGAUAAGAUGUUCUUACCUACUGUUUGUACAAAAACAGUAACCUACAGACGCGAUAAGCCUGAAGAAAUAAACAUCAACAUCAGCAAGUUACAAGUAAAUGAAACUUUCAAAUGCAACUCCUGAAGACAGACUGCUUUCUUCAGAGUUUUGUUUUCACAAGUCAAGAAGCUUUUUUGAAAGGUCUUGUCUGAUCCUUUGGGGUUUAUGGGUUAAAAUACUGUAAUGAAAAACUGACUUGAAAGCCUAGUUGCAUAGCAUGACUAGGUUUCAAUAGAGCUGCUCCGUUUUGAAAGACAAAAGUGCACAAACUACUGAUUAACAAACUAGCCUAGUUAAGCUGAAAUCUUGGACUGGCGGCAUUUCAGUCCCAUUUGAUACUAAUAGGACCAAGUUGGUUUCAGUUGGGAUUAUUGGGGCAUAACUGGGCUUUCUGUCAGUCUACAACACUACUUUGCAUCCUAGCACUUUAAUGUUUUAUAACUUAUUUAGUUUUGGAAUAGAGUUGUGUGGCAGAAGCACUGAUCUCACUUUAGAGAUAGCUAACACAAAUUUUGAGCUACCGCCAAGGUUCCUGAACUUUGUUAUGAAAAUUUUUGCUGGCAUAAGUCAAAUGUCAGUACUCCUGCUCAGCAGGUAUCAGCAGGACUUUGUUCUAGGGUACACAAUUGAGACAAAGACCCACCUCACACCUUCAGAACCACUGCUCUGUGUGAUUGAGCAAAUCACAUGAUAGAACUGUUGACUAUGGUAUUUUUCAGACAGCACUACAUAAAACUCCAAGACGGCACAUAUUCGGCCUCUACUUCUAUAGUUACUAAUUAUUCUGAUCUUGUUUUCUUUGAGGUCUUUCUAAAAUUGGAUAGAAUUGUUUCUUUAAAAAGACUGGAAUAAACAAGGACUUGAUUACUACUGUAUUUAAAGCUAACAUUUUGUAGCAAUUUUAUAGAAUUUAUUCAUAUAUGGUUGAGAAUACAUUUAAAACAUUCCACUCAAUUUGACUAGUUUUUAUAUGAUUGGAUAUACUGUAUUAGCACUGGAAAGUGUAAGAAGGCAAGAACAUGAGAAGAUGACAAUUGGGUAAUGAAAGAAUGGGUGACCACUCAUAGCAUUAAAAAUAUACAUUGUCGAAUUAAUCAGAUUCCUUAAAGUCUCUGUAAUCCUGGACAUAAGAUUUAGAAUAUUAUUUUUAAAAAGCCUGACCCAGCUGCUCCAUGCCUUCAUGUAGCUCACACCCUGAUUCUGCAAUGGCAUUAGAAGCUCUGUGAGAUGCCCUUGAUAUUGGAUUGAAUGGGACAGUCUGUACAUGUUGAUAUACUGCCCUUUGUGACCUCAUGGAUCUUUUGAUCAGAAUUCAAAGUUAUUUAUUUUAUGGAGGUAUUGGAAGUGUGUUCCACUUCAGUGCACCAACUGCACAAUCAUAGCACUUUUAGGAUUAGAAUGUAUGUCUCUUUCUGAAGCAACUGGUCUUCUGGUAGCAAGUAUGAAUUGCCCCUUUUGCGAAGCACUCUGGUUUGCAUUUGAAUGAGAGACUACGUGUAUGAGCACUGUAAGAUAUUCCUGUUAGGGGAUGGGGCUCCUCUGGGAAGAGCACCUGCAUGCUUGCAUGCAAAAGGUUCCAAGUUCCUUCCCUGGCAUCUCCAACAUAGGGUUGAGAGAGACUCCUGCCUGCAACUUGGGAGAAGCUGCUGCCAGUCUGUGUAGACAAUAUUGAGCUAGAUGGACCAAUGGCCUGACUUGGUAUAAAGCAGCUUCCUAUGUUCCUGUGUAACUUAUUUCUUUGUUUUGUGUUUUCAAUUUUUCUCUUUUGCUUUGCACACUUCUGAAAAAAGGUACCCCAAUUAGGCAAAAUGAAACAUUACCUUAACCUAUCAUUAAUUGGUGGGCUUAAAGCAGGAAGUGAACCAGAAGUGACCCAUUUAAGGUCCUAAAGCUUGGUGGUGGGGGGAGAAUUAACAUUUCUCCUCCACCUGUUCCAUUUUCAUGCUGAAAAUCCCCUCCAAAGUUGUUAUCUCCACAAAUCCCUGCUUCAGAGGACGAUUCUUAACACAAUCACCACAGAGAGGGAGAGUGUUAAGCUCCUCUCAUCAUGCUCCCUGCUCCUCUUCCAAAUCAGGGUUCCCCAUGGCUGUUUAGGGGCUUGAAAGAACCACUUUCUGCAUUAAGCCCAUCUGUUAAGGACAGUUUUAACAGAUGUGUUAAAACACUAAAGUGUCAAAACACUAAACUAUCACUGUGUCCUCAGUGUCAAAACACUAAAACUAUCACUAUGAAAAUCAUAAUGCCUAUUUCUUCAUAGAGAUGCAUCAGGUUUUUCUUCUGUUUGCUGUGCCAUGAUCUGUUUUCAUAUGUAAGUUACUAUAUAAUUUAAACAGAAAAUAGUUCUUAAUUUGAAAUGUAUAUUUUGCAGUGAUUUCAGAUAUUUUUGUUUUUAGUGUAUUUCAUGUGUACUGUCUUUUGUAAAAACAAAUUUGGAUGAGUCUCAUGUUACUAAUUCAGUGUUUAAUAUGUAGAAUCUUUCUAGGAAAGAGAGCGGUUUGGAAUACAAUUGUAAUUUCUCAUGGUUUGUUUAUAAUCUUUUAAACACAGUGAAAUAAAUCACUGCCAUAAAGUCGGUUAACUUUCUAUGUAUUUUGUUUUACAGUGUAUUUUAGAAUAUAUGACUAACUUUAAUUUCAUUUUAUUUAUUUGUCACUUUAGUAUAUUGUGAGAUAGUUUUAUUUUUCUAUGAGAGCUGCAAUAACUAUGACUUAGCAUUAAAUUAUUGCAACAUUAUUGUACUUGGUCUCAAACAUGAAAAAUAAUUCCUGUCUCUAAUCCACUGUUGGAAAGUUUAUAUUUGCAAUAAUAUUGAAAGAAAAAUUUGAAUGUAUGUCUUUCUGAAUAAUUCACAUGCUUAUAAAAUUUUCUUUAAAAAAUAAAUUACUUUUUGAAUAAAGACAAUUUCAGCCUUA